UCGUAACAUCGUGUAGUGCAGACGCGUUCUCGGUUGUAUUCCACUGCCGUCAUUGAAGUCUCAACUUUAUACUGCGUGUGUUACGAACCAAUUUCCUUUGUACGCCAAAUAUAUAGGCUCGUCAAAGAGUAACAAGAAAUCAGAGGCGCAACAACAAGAAUGCUCGGAUCACCGAAUAAUAGUGGCAAGUGUGCUUCGAAUCCUGACAUCAGAAAGUCAGUUGAGGAUCAUAACGUGACCCUGCGUCCAAAACGAAAGCACACCGACGAUCUUGCGGAAACAAUUGAUGAAGUCACCUCGAAAGUCACAACUAUGAUGAACGACUGGAAGAACGAGUUGCAAGAUAAUUUCACUAAGAUGAAAAUUGAAUUUGAAUCUGUGCUGAAGGCUGACCUUGACAAACUAACGACAUCACUGAGUUCGUCCUUUGCUGAAAUUAAAACAGAAAUUAAUACAGUUCGCCAAGAAUACAAUGAAUUUAAAAAAUCCGUCCAUUCGCUGGAAUUGAAGCAUCAGGAGACCUCGAAAAAAAUCUCAGAUUUGGAAGACUCAUUACAAUUUUAUAGUAAUCAGCAGGAGACCACAAAUAAGAAAGUCGACGCACUCACAGUUGAAAGAAAGGCUAUACAAUCGCUGGAAGCUAGGAUACAAUCUCUGUCUAGUGAAAAUCAACUUCUACAAAUCGAGCUGAACCAAAACAACCAGAGAGAUAGAUUACUCAACCUAGAAAUCGUAGGUGUUAUAGAACAGAAGUCCGAAAACCUUCUCGAUAUCAUCCUAAGCAUCGCUCAGCACUCCGGCGUAUCACUAUUCCCGCAAGAUGUCCUGGAAGUUAACCGUGUCACCCCCAGAUCCAAGCAGCCAGGCCGCCCGAGGAACAUAAUCGUGAAGUUGAGGUCUCGCCUGCUAAAGGAUAAUAUGAUCUCCGGUGCCCGCAAGUCCCCGCUCACGGCCAAAGAUCUCGGCUUGACUGACAAUACUUCUAGAAUCUACGUCAAUGAACACUUGACUUAUCUCAAUAAACAACUGUUAAAGAAAGCCCGAGAUUUUGCGAAACAGCACAGUUUCAAAUACGUGUGGACAAAAAACGGAAGGAUCUACGUAAGGAAAGAAGACACGAAACCGGCCUUUCAAAUCACGCAGGAAAAGGACCUUCUCAAAAUCCGAUAACGUGUUACGGUAGAGAGAGG